CCUACUUUGCUCUAUUUCUCUUACUCUUGAUUUCUGUUCUAAGUCUCUCUCUUGUUCUUCCAUUUGUUCUUCAGUCAUCAUGCCCUCCUCCUACCCAGGAGAUCUGUGAAGCAAGCUUGUUACUUCUUUGUUUGUGUGUUCUGUGUUGCUAUUUUGUUUUAAUUCUUCUCUUUCGUUUGCUUGGUUUGAUUUGAAUCACAAAGAGUUAAUGGUGAUGUGCAAGUAUUCUUUCUAAUGAAAAAUGUAAUAUCCGUUUUGCUUACUCUGUCGAUUGUUGAGUCUUCAAAUGCUAAUGUGGAGACUUGAUUGUAAUGUAUUUUGAUUUGAUACGAAUCUUGUCUGAGUAUCUGUCUCUUUCGUUCCCUACUAAUUCCCAGGAAUCCCCCCGAUUAGGGAUUAGGAGAAGGUGAAUCUCCUUUUAUCUGCUUGGUAUUUGAUGAAUUCGUUUUAAAAUCUCAGCACAGUGCUUCCUUCUACUGGUUUUAAAAGUGAUCUUAGGUUCUUGGAGUCUCUACUUGUAAAGGCUUUUACGAUCACUGUGACAACAUAAUCACCGCAGCCAGCAUUUGUGGGAGCUGGAUACCACAAUCUCCCCAGAGCUUGCAACAAUGGCAGCUUUCUGUGCAACCGACAUGUAUGCCUUUGUGCUUGAAGUAACCUUUGAAAAGAGACAUGUGUGGAUGCCUGUCGGUGGACCCGAGUGUUGAGCGUAGAAUUCUCAGCUGAGGUUUUGCUUUGCACAAAUCAUGUGCCAGAACUGAGAGUCUCAGUGAAGGAAUCUUGAAGUUGCAUGUCAUAUCCCCUGCUGAUUGUUGGAUUCUUCCUUCGUUAGAGCAGCUUGCGAGGUUUUCGAAAUGCGUCGCUUGGUGUUGAGAGAAGAUCUUCACAUCAGAUCCACACUCUCUGAUUCAUCAUCUGCAAUGGCUCGUUGGCUGCUUCAGAUCCUCCUUAUCUCUUCUCUUCAUCUGGUUUCUCUAUCAAGUCAACAAGAGACAAGGUUUGUCUAUGAAAGUUUUAGCUCCCAAGAAGAUCUUUAUCUAGAUGCUUCUGCGAAAGUACUUCCCCAUGGAAUAUUGCAGCUGACAAACGAUUCAGAUCAUCAAAUAGGCCGGGCAUUCUACAAGAAUCCAAUUCAGUUCAGUUCCUUCUCAACACAUUUCGUGUGUGCUCUGGUGCCUAAGCCAGGUAAAGAAGGCGGCCAUGGUCUUGCCUUUUUAGUAUCUUCUUCUAUGGAUUUCUCGCACGCACAAGAUAAAAGAUUCUUGGGGGCUUUUAACGCAACAACAAGUGGGUUUCCUGUUCUUGCUAUUGAGCUUGACACUAUUUAUAACCCACAGUUCAAUGAUCUCAAAAGCAAUCACGUGGGGAUUGAUGUGAACAGUCCUAUAUCUGUAGGAGUAGCUUCAGCAUCUUACUAUUCAGACACAAAAGGGAAAAACGAAAGCAUGAACCUCUUGACUGGAAAGCCUGUACAAGUCUGGGUGGAUUAUGACGGCACUGUGCUCAAUGUCUCGAUCGCACCUCUUAAAGUCAAGAAGCCAAGUCGGCCUCUUUUGUCACAACACAUCAGCCUUUCAGAAAUAUUUUGGAAUAGAUCCAAACUGUGUGUUGGCUUCUCCGCAGCAACAGGGAGCAAGGUGUGUGAUCACUAUAUUCUUUGGUGGAGUUUUAGCACAGGCAGAGGAUCACUGCAUGGUCUUGACAUCUCAAAACUUCCUAAAGUUCCUCAUCCCAAAGCUCCGCAUAAGAAUCUGGCUACAUGGAUUAUUGUUCUUGUUGUUUGUGUGGCUGUUGCGGUUUUGGCUUUUCUUGUAGGAGUUUAUGUCCACAGGAGGAAGAAGUAUUCUGAAGUUUCUGAAACAUGGGAGAAGGAGUUUGAUGCACAUCGGUUCUCUUACAAGUCCUUGUACAAAGCAACAAAGGGUUUCAGUAAAGAUGAGUUCCUCGGGAAAGGAGGCUUUGGUGAAGUCUAUAGAGGAACUCUUCCGCAAGGCAGAGAAAUAGCAGUGAAGAGAGUGUCCCAUAAUGGUGAUGAAAGUUUGAAGCAAUUUCUGGCUGAAGUUGUGAGCAUGAGAUAUCUGAAGCACAGGAAUCUUGUUCCACUUUUCGGGUAUUGCAGGAGAAAGCAUGAGCUUCUUCUUGUCUCGGAGUACAUGCCUAACGGUAGUCUUGACGAGCAUUUGUUUGAUGAUGCCAAAUCAGUUCUUUCUUGGUCACAAAGACUUGUGGUUGUUAAAGGAAUAGCAUCUGCUCUGUGGUACCUUCAUACAGGUGCUGACCGCGUUGUUCUGCACCGAGAUGUUAAAGCUUCCAACGUUAUGUUAGACGCCGAGUUCAAUGGUAGGUUAGGAGAUUUUGGAAUGGCCAGGUUUCAUGAACACGGAGGCAACACAGCCACAACAGCUGCUGUUGGAACAGUAGGGUACAUGGCACCUGAGCUAGUGACAAUGGGAGCUUCAACUGGAACUGAUGUUUAUGCUUUUGGUGUUUUCAUGCUUGAAGUAGCAUGUGGUAGAAGACCCGUUGAAGCGCAGUUGCAACCUGAGAGACGUCAUAUGAUCAAAUGGGUUUGUGAGUGCUGGAAAAAGAACGCUUUGCUUGAUGCCACUGACCCGAGACAGGGAGAUGAGUUCUCACCGGAGGAAGUCGAGAUGGUUAUGAAACUGGGUUUGCUAUGUUCAAAUAUAGUGCCAGAGUCUAGACCAACGAUGGAACAAGUGGUCUUAUACCUAAACAAAAACCUGCCUAUGCCAGAUUUCUCACCAUAUACUUUGGGAAUCGGCACACUUGCUCCGUUUAUGGUUGAUGCAGCUUCCUUACUAGCCUCAUCUGCUUCAUGGAGUUCGUCAGGUCCCUCGAUGUCUUCUUCCAACCACUCACCAUACGCUUGUCAGCCAACAGAUCAGCCAUCGUCUGAGACUAAGAACUCUCUUCACGUAGUUACAGAGCCAGAGAAGCCUAAGACUUAAGACUUUCUUACCUACGGAAGAUUUUGAGUCCAAUAUUCACAGAAUCAUCAGCCGGAGGUAAUUCUGCAUUAAUAUCAGCAAACAGAUCUUUAGUAGCUCUCAAGAUUGUUCUAAUAACCACCAGUCUUAUUUGUCGUUGUUCAAAAAAAAAAAAAUCAGUCUUAUUUGUACCAAUUUGUUCAGUGUGUCCCUUUACAACAUGUUUAUCCACUUAAACGGUUGAUUAUAAACAGUUAGUUUAUGUUUCA